AUGGAUUCUCUUCAGAACGGACCCUUGGACUGGACCUCGUCCAGGCCUAGCUUCUCUCCCCUGCAGGACAGACUCAACAGCACGUUCGGCAUUGGUCUUGGCCCGGGCAUCCCGUCCUCCGGCGAUCUGUCGGACCUAGAGAGCAUGCUGCUUUGGACCCUGCACGAGCCCAGCACCAUCGCGUUGACCCUCAUGUACACCCUCUCCUUCUUGCUGGGCUUCGUGGGCAACCUGAUGUCCUUGCGAGUGCUGACCAACCGCCAAAGCCGGCGUCUGGCGGGUGUCAGCGCCACCCGCAGCCUGCUGGUCAACCUGGCUGUGUGUGACCUGGCCGUGGUGUGCGUGUGCAUGCCCAUCACGCUGGCCAGUCACAUCUACACCGCCUGGGUGUACGGAGAUCUGUUGUGCCGUGCCGUUCCCUUCACCCAGGCCGUCUCGGUGUCGGCCAGCGUCCUGACGCUCACCGUUAUCAGCGUCAAUCGCUACUACAGCGUCCGUUCGCCGCUCAGGGCGCGAUCCAUGUUCACCCGCCGACGCAUCCUGGCCACCGUCGCUGUGGUGUGGGCCGCUUCCUCCGCCAUGUGCGCUCCCAUCGCCGUCAUGAACCGCCGGCGAGAGAUCAGCUUCGGGACCUUCGCCAUUCUGGUCUGUCAGGAGGAGUGGCCCAAGCCUCGCCUAAAACAAGGAUACAACGUGUUGCUGUUUGCGAUGCUCUACUGCCUUCCGGUCACAUUCAACCUGACCAUUGGCUUCCUGACUGGGCGCCGUCUGCGGGGUGGCACCCGGUCCGACUUUGCCGACCUAGAUCCACGCAGCCAGGCCCUGCAUGCCUCUCGCCUGAAGACACGGCAGAAGAUUGCCAAGAUGGUAGUGUGCCUAGUGCUGCUGUUCGCUGCCUCGUGGCUACCGCUCUAUGUGGCCGACCUGUGGAUUGACCGCGAACUCCGGCCGCCACCCUGGCUUCUCCAGACCCGACCAUUUGCCCAGUGGCUGGGCCUGACCAACUCCAGCCUCAACCCUAUCUGUUACUGUUUCAUCGGGGACCUCUACCGUUCUGUCAAAGUGAUAAGGACACGGUACUACCAGAAGGUGGCGUCCAUCUUCGGGGGUCCCUCCUUUGCCACUUCAGGGGUGGAGGCACCCCCGUCCGCAGCCGCUGCCUCAGAGCGGAACCGCAUUGCUGCAGCCGUCAGCGUCUCCGCCUCGGUGGCGACCAUUCCUCGCCUCCUGAGCUUGGCUCGAGCUAAGGGACUCAGCCAGAGGGUCUCGGACAACCGCGGUGGUUCAGACCACAGCAUCUCGGACUGGUGCCGGUCCAGCCCGAGCGUGUGCAAAAAUAACGGUGCCCUUUUCCCCUGCCAGUGGCGCACGUGUGAUUCCACCCUCGAUCCCUCCCUCGGUCGUGUUCGGCUUGACUUCCUGCCUUCACGGAGACACUCAGCCCACGACAACUUCGGGUCAUUACCCCCGAGGAUGGAGUCUGAAAUAGACACUCUGCCAGCGGUGAUCGAGCAUCCCAAAGACACUCUCCAUGCGGCACUCGAGAACCCCAAAGAUGCAGCGUAUGAAACUAGCGAGUGA